CAUGGAGAGAUUUCAGCUUCAAGAAAAAACGGAUGGAUUUAAAAACACAAAGCCGGCGACAGUGAGUGAGGAUUACCUCCACCACACAAAGUGGACCGAGGAGUGUUUGUGUGUUUUGAAAACAGGCCUGAUGGUUGCCAGUGGGUUGGGACGGAGAUCUGAGGAGUGAGAUUCAACAUCCUGUAAACAGAGGGCCAUGCAUGUUGCACUACGGCCACGCAGUGGUUGCCUGGUGCUUUGUCUGUGCCUGUCUGUGUUCACCCUGCUGCUACAGAGCCUCUGGGUGCCACUUGAGAUGACCAGGGAUGAACCUGCUGGGAGGUCACCUGAGGAACAAGGUCAGCGUGGUCUUGGCUUUCGUAGGCUGGCUCUUCGCUUGGAGGCUUUGAGUACUCAGGUGCAGAGGCUGAGCAGAGAGCGAGAUAACACCCAGCUGACCAGAGAUGAUCUCAGUCUGUUACUGCAGAGCUUUAGACACAACCAGCAGGGCUUGGCCCGCUUGGUAGAGCGGGAGCUGAAGAGAGUGUCUCAGAGGCUUGACCAGCUCAGCCGUCAGCAUCAUCAUCAGUCUGACACACCGCCAUCACAUGAUGAACACAGACUACACACAGGGCCCAGUGAGAAGUGUGAGGUGCCAAUUGAUCCUGCGUAUCCGGUGUGUGCGGAGAAAGUGGAGUUUCUACGGGCCCGUUGGCAGUCAGACCCCUGUUACAGCUUUUAUGGGGUGGAUGGUACCACCUGCUCCAUAUUGACUUACCUUAGCCAAAUAGAGGACUUUUGUCCCCCUCGUCUUGGAAGAAACCACUCUGCCCUGCCGUGGCAUGAAAAACCACAUCCUUAUACAGAGAAGGCUGAGAUACGUACAACUCUGAGCCCGCUGUAUGAGGUCAUCAGCAACAGCAGCGGCCCUGCAAUAAACUUCAUUCGGUCCAGAGUGGAAAGGAUGUCUGAACGGUGGAUACAGGCUGGUUUGAGGAUGAGGCAGAGGAGCAACAAGACAGUCUCAACCCUGAUGAGGGUGCUGCUUUAUCCUGGUGCCCUAGCUGGGAGCGUUGGCCAGCAUUUUGAAUCUAUGGUGGAGACAGGGGGUCCUCUGGGGGAGCUGGUCCAGUGGGCUGACCUCAGUGCCUGUCUGACAAUCCUGGGCCACAAGCUAACCUUUAGUACCUCACAGCAGCAACUCCAAAGCCUGAUAGGUGCUGCUCCAGGCCAAGGCAGUUGUCCAAUCCAGAGGCCCCUGACCUUUGACCUCAUCUAUACUGACUACCAUGGCCUUGCUCACCUUCAAGGCACCAUGGGACUGGCUUUUCUGCACUACAAGUGUCGCUUCAGGAUCCUAGACUCUUUUGGCACUGAACCAGCCUUUAACUUGGGGAGUUAUGCACGUACGCAUGGAUAUAAAACACUGUGGGGCAGCUGGGGUCUGCAACCUCUGCAGUACAUGACCAUGUUCCCUCAUACGCCUGAUAACUCCUUCCUGGGCUUUGUGAGUGAGGAGGCAGUGAAGCAGGAGGCGAGGGAGGAAGAGCUGGAGGCGGACACCUACAGGAAAGACAGGAUAGCAGUCGUCUAUGGAAAACAGGACUACAUGUGGCAGGGUAAAUCUGACUAUGUGGAAGUGAUCAGUGAAGUGCUGGAGACCCAUGCGACAGUGUACCAGACUCCAGGACGCGCCUCAAAUCUCCCUGGCUUCAUCAGAAACCACGGCUUGCUGACUCAGGAACGCUUCCUACGACUUCUCCGCAGAGCCAAGGUGUUUGUUGGCCUUGGGUUCCCCUAUGAAGGUCCAGCUCCCAUUGAAGCAAUAGCUCUGGGUUGUGUGUUCCUUCAGCCACGAUUUGACCCACCACACUCAUCAGACAAUAAUAAUUUCUAUAAAGGCAAGCCCACUACGAGACAGAUCUCCUCCCAGCAUCCAUAUGCUGAAACAUUCAUGGGCAAACCCCACGUGUGGACUGUAGAUGUGACCAACAAGACUGAUGUACGGGAGGCAGUCAGAGCUAUUCUACAAGACGAGGUGAAGCCUUUCACUCCCCGAGAGUUCAGGUGUGAGGGAAUGCUGGAGAGGGUUCAUGCUUACGUCACUCAUCAGAAUUUUUGCAGUAACUCCAUCCCUACUUGGCCACCAGAAAGUGCUUUAAGGGUGCACCUGGGUCCCCUGGGUCAGUCAUGUGUAAGUGUGUGUCGACGGGCCUCCCUAGUGUGUGAGCCUGCUCUGUUUCACCACCUAAACAGUCCUGCUGUGUUCACAAGACUCAAGAUAGGCUGCUCCAGCAUAGGGCAGGAAGAGAACCACUUGUUUCCUUCCUACAACCCGUGGGGUCGACACUGUGGCCUUCAGCAGGAGCCUCUGCUGUUCAGUUGCGCCGGCUCUGACCCUUCUCGCCGCAGACUGUGCCCCUGCAGAGCUCACUUACCUGGACAGGUGGCACUGUGCCCUGACUGCAUCUAAACAACGUUGUGUGAAAGAACUCAGGAGAUAAGUGGAAGAUGAAGACGGCACCAAAGAGCCCAAUCUGCAAUGCACACUAUAUGGGUAAAGAACUGAUCUCGACCAAAGAGAGCCAGCUGUCCUGCCAAUGUUGCUGAAAGCUCCGUGGUCUUGUUUGUGGAGCUCAUGCUCAUCAGAGUAUCUACACUCUAAAAUCUGAAGGGAUCGUGGAGCGUUUACUUCCGUGAUAUGUGAAAUAUGGAAUGGUGCAUCCACUUGCUAGACUUUGUUUUGUAUUUUUCAUAACAUUCAUUACUCAGGAACCAAAACUUAAUGAUUGUUAUUUCAUAAGUACUUAAACUGUUGAAGGAUGAUGAAUUCAAGGCCUGGUGUCUCGUAGCACAGAACAAAAUCCCUCUUGUUUUUGCAGCUUUUCCUUGAUCCCUUAAGCAAAUAGUCUUGAAAUGAAGGCACGAUACUCUUUAGGGGAAAAGUAUAUUUAAAAGAAUAUAAAGUGAAAAGUGGUACUUGUGAUCUAAAGCCAUAUAACUCUCAGUGUUUAACUUCUCUUCUCCUGUUCCAGAUCACAGUACAGUGCACUUCAAUAUUAUGCUAAAUAAGUAUCUAAUCAUUCAUUUGCUUACAGUAAUGUAUCACACUGGUCAGCGUUGCAUGGGAUUACCGCUCAUGUAACCCCUUAAUGCAUUGCUGGCUGCAAAUAUUAGCCCGGGCCUCGGAGGAGAGCGUGUGACAGCCUAAGUGAUGAGGCUCAUUAUCUGAGUGAAUCAUGGAUAACCUCUGGAUGCCUUUGGGAGGUCACAGCCAUAUGACCAUGAUUACACUGUCAUAUAAACCAUUGGUUCCCAACCGUCUUUAAGUUAGGAAACCCCCUCAGCUCUGUUUAAAUCCAUGCCCCCUGCCACUAUAGGCAGAACCUUAUUGUUUGUCUUUCAAACAUAUAUUUUGCGUCAUUUAGAGUGGGAAAAAGUCACCAAAGGCAGGAUUAAUUAUGUUUUCUUGAAUUAUUUUACUAGAAAUUACAUCUCAAAUGAUUUUGAUCAUAACAGAUGACUCAUUUUGCCCAGAGUCCAAUAUUAUUCUUUGACUGCCUCAUGACCUCCAGAUAGCCCCAAGAGUAUUUUGCACCUCAGGUUGAUAUGAACAAACACAGGAACCUUACAAACAGUAUAUACAGUGAUUUAGCUACAUGACACAGACAAAGAGAGAUUUUAAAUUGCCUCAAAUGGUCACACAGACUUACCCCAUCAUCCCUGCCUGCAAAACAGCUUGUGAAAGAAACAAAUGAUAACAACUAAAGGCCAAACUACAGCCCGCGAUCAGCGUUGUAAGUGAUGGGGUGCUGGACUUACAUGGCACAGCUGUUAGCAAAGAUGGCUCCAACAAUGGCAACAAGCUGCUAUUUUAAACUGGAUCGAUGUGAGGUUUUUCUUGGAAACGACGCACUCGUGAAUGUUAACUGGCAGAACUAUAGAGAACCGCUUUCCACUCCGAUGCACUCCAUGCGACCAAAACAUAUUGUCACUCAGGGAUCAGGUUCGCUCAGGGCUGCGACGACAGAACCGGUUGACAAUGUGAUUGACUGGUAAAUGCCUGUGAAACGGUCCAUGAAAACAACAUGUGUGAUGACUUUGGUGGAUUCUGGUGAAUUAACUUGGCCCUGUCAAAUGUGACUUUUGCUUAAUUAGCUGGACGUUCCAAAGAGGAUGGAAAUUAACCUGUGUUUAUGUCAAAAGGCUGUUUGGAUUAAAGGAAAAUAAAACGUUUCGUUUCACCCCGGUGGGACGUG